UAUUUCUUUUGUUGCGUACACUUUAACAGCUGAGAAGGUUACUUUAAAGGAGUAGACACAGAUAUUCUUAGAGCGAUGUGGAGUUGUAUUUCUUUCGGUUGUUUGAGUUUUCUUCUUGGUUUAAAUAGUCGGUUCAAGCUUGGACAAUGUGUUCGGUUACAAUAGUGUAGCGUUUUGGAUAUUUCUUUCGUUGCGUUCACCUGCAACAGUCUACUACGAGCUUUUCGUUCAGGUUUGAUAUAAUAUUCUCAAUUGAUCUGACUUGUGCGUUAUACACUGUCAAAUCUAUUCGAUAGAUUUGAUUGUUUUGCGGAUGUGUAAGAGGAAUAUGGUAUUACCUCUAAUAUACAUUAGAGUGAAAGUCAGUGUCGCAGAAUGGUGGUGGAUUGCCUGUCGAUCCAGACCUCAGCAACUGCAGUAAGGAAGCAGGAGCGAAGGUUAGGUGGCACGGUUAGUGCAAAGAUGCAACCAAACAGUGGCGGUGGAGGAUGUGGAAUGACACCAAAAGAGCUCUCUGACAAUGACGACUUGGCUACAUCUCUCGUGCUAGAUCCCUAUCUAGGAUUCACCACCCAUAAAAUGAAUAUCAGAUAUAGACCGUUGAAGGCAAAUAAAGAUGAACUCCGCAAAAUUAUCUGUGAAUUUAUCCAAACAAAUUAUGAGAAAACGUAAAAAUUAAUGGGUGGAGACUGGGGUGCACGACUUCCUCAUACAAAAUCUAAGCAGCAACUCAAUUUGGAGAACCACAUCAAACGAUAUUUGCGAGUUUUUGACAAGGAUUCUGGAUUCGCGAUAGAGCCGUGCUACAGAUACAGCCUAGAGGGACAAAAGGGUGCUAAGAUAUGUGCCACCCGAAAAUGGAUGAAGCACGAGAAGAUUUCCUGCCUCGGUUGCAUAGCGGAGCUUAGUGAAAAGGAGGAAGCUGCAUUGCUACAUCCUGGAAAAAAUGACUUCUCUGUGAUGUUUAGUUGUCGAAAGAACUGUGCCCAAUUAUGGUUAGGGCCUGCUGCUUAUAUAAACCAUGACUGUAGAGCGAAUUGCAAGUUUGUAGCUACGGGAAGAGAUACAGCGUGCGUCAAGGUGUUGCGUGACAUUGAAGUGGGCGAGGAGAUUACGUGUUUCUACGGAGAGGAUUUUUUCGGCGAUGGUAAUUGUUACUGCGAAUGCGAGACCUGCGAGAGGCGAGGGACCGGCGCUUUCGCGAGUCAGAAGCCGGGCGAGGAACUGUCAUCCGGUUAUCGUCUGAGAGAAACGGAUAAUCGAAUCAAUCGAACCAAGCAUCGACAGCAACCUUUGAACAGGAAUAAACAGCAAGCUGAUACCGCUCUUACCGAGCGAAAUGCAGUUCUGGUUGGAAACGCGGCGGUCGCGCCACAGUCUCUCAGUAUGAAGGAAUUGCGACGCAAAGGACUCACCAAGUACGAUGCCGAGCUGCUUAUCGCUCAGGGUUGUCGUUUCUCCGAUAUCAAUCAACAGCAGCCAACGAUCAACAACGGCGAAAACGUGCUGCAGACUCGACCGCAUCCUUCCGCGGUCACGACUUCCGUCACGAGGAGUCUUCGUAACAAACAGCUGUGCAAAUUCGACGGUACUGCCGAUGACGGGAGUGCUCUCAAGAAUUCUCAGUCGCUCAGAACGUCUAGGCUUCACAAGAGAACGGAAUCAAAGAAGGGGAAGAUUAGUAUAAAGCCUGUAUCGGUCUGUCUCGACAGUUCCGUUGUGAAAGAUGCGGAAGUGGCGAACAUCAGUCAUCGAAAAGAGGAUUCGGAUAGAGUACCCGAAGAGAGUCUGUAUUCGCGAUUACAGAAGCAUCUCGUCACGGAGAUGGAUCGCAAUUUUUACGUGGAAGAUUCACGACGGCGUUCCGCGACGGAGGAAUCCUCGACCGAAGGAUCCUGUCCGUUACGACUGACAAAGAUGGAGGACGAGUCUAAUGUCAGCGACGACUUGAUGGAGGACGAACGGGGAAUACCGAACCUCACCGCGGAAGUCGAGCCCGACACAGUAAAUAAUAUUAAUUCUUCCAAUUACAAAAAGGGACAUUAUAGUACAAACGCCUGUGAUUCAAUUCGAUUAAACUCCGCGUCUCAGAUCCACGUGCAACAGCGCUUACAUACCGCAGAAUUAAUUCCCGACGACACGAAUUGUCGCUCGAGAGACUAUCGUCGUUCUUCGUCGCCCGUACGGGAUAAGGAAGGUGAAAAUCAUCCUUGCAACACGGAUAAUUGCCUCGACAAACUUUCCAAGUCUCGUAGCAAACGAUUCUCCUCGACGGACGAGAGCAAAACGGUGAACGAGGAUUCGUCCUGCGAGGACGAUGAUUCGCCGUCGUCGAUCGAAGACAAGAAAGCUCUGCGACAGGCCGACUUCCGGCAUAACGAUGUUCUGUAUGAAUCGAGCUCUCGAUCGGACGACGAAUGUUGCGAUAUAAAUUCGGCGAAGGUAAUCGUGGUGCAGAAGUACGAUGUGGAGAAAGAUGUGGAGAGUGAAGACUGCGAGAGUCCGAUUGUCGUCGACGCGACGGCGGAUCGGAAUCGCACGGACAGUGUUGAGUUUUGUGAACUGAAUUCUGAGGAAGUUGUAGAAAUGAAAACUAGUAUUGGAAACGUCUUAAAGUGUUACAGCAGUACGGUUCCGAGCCAGGGAGAGGAAGAGGAGGAGGAGGAAGAAGAAGAGGAGGAAGAGGAAGAGGCGAGCGUCGUAAUGAAAAGUGAUGCGUAUAUCGCAAACGUUGAGACUGACGUCAGAUCCGAGGUGACGACGUUACGCGCAAUCGAGAUAGACUCUAGAGUACAUAUUAGGGAAGAAAAUAACGCGGCGGACUUUAAUAACAUACAGACUGGCACAGAGUAUAAUAACGAUCUAACGGAUCAUAGAAAUUUGCAGGACAAUCAUGAUCCUUCGUCGGUGAAAAGAUCAACGUCCAGGCGGAAAGAUCACGCAUUGGAACACGCGUCCUCGAGAUCGUCUCGCAAGUCGCAGAAGAGACUCUCGAGCACCAAAUCCAAGUUCGGAUGGACGGAGGAUGCUCAGGAUGACGGAGUAGAGGGAAAGAGUCACGGUAAAACCGGAAAGAGCAAGAACAAAUCGACCAAGAGCCAGAGGAGGGACCGGCAAAGAUCGGCUACGGCCGAAAUCGGGGAGGCCGAUGACGAUUCGGGCAUCCAGGGUGAUAUUUACGAGUUUAGCGAGAAGGAGAGUAAUCUGGAGGACAUUGGGAUACUAUCUAUAAUAAGACGCGGCAAGCAUGAAUCUCGUCACGCGUCCUCAUCCACGUCGCCUGUGCCGGAGAUGCAGUGCAACGAUGAAUAUAGUAAAGCCGAGCCGCCGGUAUUAAUCCCGGAGGAACCGUGGCCUCCGAUCGAUUCGACGGCCCGGAGCGAGCACGCCGCGGAUUCCAAUAACGGUGUUCAAUCGGGAGAGAACUGUGAUGUCGACAGGAGCUUGGAGAGAUUAACAGUCUACGAAAACAGCAGCAGCAGCACGCGAAAAUCAAGCUCGAUCCCAUCAUCCGAGUGCCAAUGGCAAACGAGCAAUCCGAGCGAAUGUCGAGUCUGGCCCGUCGUCAUGCCAGAAAAGCCCAAGCUUAAGCUGACGCUGCGCAUGAAGCGAUCGUGUCCGCUUCUGGAGGACAACCUCGAGUCCGGCACGAGCGGUUUGAGCGAGGACAGCUACGAGCCCGAGUACGAGGUGUUGCGCGUCGAGGGCCUGGAGAGGCGCAAACGCCGGAAGAAGCACAAGAGCAGGGAUCGCGAGAGACGGCACAAGAAGUCGCGCGAGCUGAACCUCGACCCGCCGCCGCCGCCCAUGAAGAGAUUACGCUUGAUUCUCGGCAACGAGACACGCACUAUCGAUCUAACGCACUCUUAACAGCUAUAAUUCCUC